GGUAAUUUUCAAUAGGGAUUUGUGUGAAAACUAUAUUAAGCACGGUGAAUCUUUCUUCACAUCGAUUCUCGACUCUUUCGUAUAGUAUAUUGAAUUAAAAUUUGUGAUUAGCAAGACGUAACUCUUGCAUCAUUUGAAACACAGCAUAGCAGAAGACAGUGAACAACCGUUGGUAGUCGCAGCCGUUAAGUAGAAAACUAACCUAACCUAAACUCAUAGCGUCCUUAUUGGAGAUAUCAAGACUAGAUUUGUUCAAAUUUGAAGGUCCACUGCUAUUCGAAGAAUAUUAUGCAAAGUUUUAGUACGUGUAAAAGAAUAUAAGGUGAUUUAAUUAAAAAAGUAUAGAAUUAAGAAUGGAUCCUGCAACAGUCAUAGCUCUUUGCAAGGAAAAUAUUCAACCAUUGCGUUAUGGACGAAAUGCUGUACAGUUAGGAACUGCAUUAAGAGCACAAGAAGAUGCAGAUGCUCAACAAUUACUUUUACAUGAAAAACAAAUGUACGAAGAUGCAAUAAAAAAUUAUGAUGGAGAUGAUCCUUUAGAAAAUUGGUAUGAAUAUAUACUUUGGGUGGAACAAAGUUAUCCAAAAAAUGGACAUGAAUCACAUAUUGGAAAACUUUUGCAACAAUGCUUAGCUAUAUUUGAAAAAGAGACCAAAUAUCAUCAAGAUCGUAGAUAUAUACGUCUUUGGAUUAAUUAUAUAAGUAUACAAAAAAAUCCAUUAGAAUUAUAUCAACUUUUGCAUAACAAUGGAAUUGGGACUAUGGUUGCAGAUAUGUACAGAGCAUGGGCUUUUGAAUUAGAACAAAUAGAAGAUUAUAAACGUGCUGAUGAAGUUUAUUUAAUGGGUUUAUCUGCUUUAGCACAACCACAGGAUGAAUUAGAUUAUGCUCACAAGAACUUUCAACUUGCAGUUGCGCGUAAAACAUUAGGACGUACGGAUGAUCGUAAUGAAAUGUCAUUAUUUGAACAACGUCAAGCUUUUAGUUCUUUAAGAGCAAUAAAAGCUGGUAAAAAAGUUGGUAGUAUACGUACUGGACAUCGAGUACGCGAACAUUUUCCUGGAACAAUUCCACAAAUUUCAUCAGCGAUACAUCAUACUAGACCAAAUUCUAGGAUACAGAUAUAUCAAGAUGAUAUGCCAAGUGAAAUGAAAAUUUCAAGUAUAUUAGAUCAUGUACCAGUAGAAGAUACAAUACAUAAAGAAAAUACAAUUAAACCCGGUCCAUGGAAUAGUGGAAAUAAACGAUGUCCAUUAAUGAUAUCUUCUACAAAAUUAGCUUUCAAAGUUCAUGAAGAUCAACCAGAUGACCUUGAUGCAAACAAUCUAAGAUUAUUUCCAAACCAUACAUAUUUUUUUGAUGGUAGCAAAUAUCCAGAGCAUUUAACAGUGCCUGUAUUUGUACCAGAUCCUCCAAAUCCAAAUAUUAUAUUAAGGCCUCAUUAUCCCAAAGAAUUAGUUUAUGCUAAUAAUAUGGAUCAAAGUAUGGAGGAAGUAAGAGCUCAAGUGUAUUUACAAAGAGCACAAACUUUAGAGAAAAAGCAUGAUGUAUUAGAUAUAAGAGAAACUGAUCGCCAUGUCCAGAAUAAAAACUUUGAACCUAAUCAUCAGAGGCAUAAUAUAUCUUUACAAGAAUUAUGUCAAAGACAAGAGUUUGAACAACAAGAAAUAACAGAAAGACAAAGGAAAAUGGAACAGCAACGUAGAGAAGUGGAACAACUUGAAUUAGAUAGACAGAGACUUCAAGUUGAACAACAAGAACUUCAAAGGCAGCAGUAUGAAGCUGAAAACCAAGUUUUAGAAACACAAAGACGUGAGGCAGAGCAACGUGAAUUAGAACGAUUAGAAGCAGAAAGAAUUGAAGCUGAAAGGAUUGAAGCAGAAAGAUUAGAAGCACAGAGAAUGGAAGCAGAAUUGAAUUCACAACGAAAAUUACAAUCUAGUUUUAUUCAUCAUACAUCAUCAUUGAACACUGACCCUGAGGAACAUUUACUUGGACAAAGUCUUACUGUUAAUACGAAAGAAGCAAUGUCUGUCGUACAAGAUAUGUGGCGUUCUCCCGAUGCAGUAUCUACAACACCUAAUUUUCGUACUCCUAUGACACCUAGAAUUCCAGAUGCCAAAAGUAAAUUAUCUUUUGACAUACAUAUGGAUAGUUCAAUGACACAACAAGCAAUGUCAAGUAGUAAACAUCAUUCGGGAUAUAAUGUACAACCUUAUAAUGAUCAAGAAAAUCAUCAAAACUAUUCUACUCAUCAAACUUAUUCUAAUCAAGAGCAUCAAACUUCUUAUAAUAAUUCUGGAUUACAUAAUACAUACCAAUAUCAAAUAGAGCAACAUCACGAACAACAAGUACAGCAAUCUCAUUCUCGACCACAUCAUUCACAGCAUCAUCAACAAUUAAUUCAAGCACAUCAACAAGCUCAUGUGAUUCCCCAUCAUCAUACUCUUUCUCAUGUAUCGCAUUUGCAGUCUCAUAGUCAAAUUCAACAUCAUCAAUCUCAUCCUCAACAUCAACCAUCACAUAACCAACACCUUCACAAUCAUCCACAUCACAUGCAACAUAUUCAAGUUUAUGGCAAUAUAAUGUCAAAUGAUAUUGCUUAUCAACAAUAUUCUUCGCAACUGGAAUCCACGUUAUUGCAGCAAAAUAUAGAACCUCAGAAACAACUUCAUUAUUCUCCAUAUAACGAAUCAGAUGUUGAAACCAGUAAACCUUAUAGGAUGCCACCUGAAUUACCGUAUAUAAAAUCUCCAGGAAUGAAUCGUAGAGAUAUUAAAUAUCUCGAAAGUGCUGAAGAUAAAGAAAAUGCUAUUGUUGUUGAUUAUAAUGGACCAUUGGAAGAAAAUAUGACACCAAAGCCAGCUGAUGAAAAUACUUUAUAUAUCGAUGAAAGUCUCGGUAUCACACCAUUGACGGGAAAUAACGAUACUUGUUUCACAGAAGCAUUUAAUACGCAAUUAACAAGUUCAACACCUAUGACUAAUCAUUUUAGACAAUCUUACAAAAUAAUAGAAGGAACUCCACAAUAUUCAAAUCAAUGUGCUGCACCUCAAUCCUGUUCAGAUGCACCUAAUGGUGAAACUGAAGACAAGUUGAGUGUUAUAUUAGAAUCUACUAGAGAAUAUAUUUCAAGCAGUUCUAGCAGCAGUACUCAUACAAGAAAUACUGUAUUAGGUUUUACAUUAACAAAAGAAGAUUUGGUUCCAAUAAAAGAACAAAGUAUUAAUAAAGGUCUAGAAGAUGAAACAAAAGAUAUUACUUUAUCUGUGAAUCAACCUUAUGAACAAAAGCUUCAAGCACAAAUUCAAGCUCAAGCCCAAAUUCAAGCUGUGCACGCUCAAAGUCCGCGUACAGUACAACGUAACGUGGAUCAAAUUACUUCUGAAAUUAAGAAGAAUUGUGAUCUGCGAAAAUCAAUUAACUUUAAGUUUAACGAAAUAGAUCAACAAGAAAAAGUUGAUUCAAUGGAAUGUGAAGAGCACCAAGAACCUAUGGAAGAAGCAGAAGAAGAAAGCUUUCAAUUACCUUCAGGAAAUAUAAAUCCUUUUGAUAGAAAUUUGAUAGCUGGUCUUUUAAAGAAAAUUAAAUUCCCCCAGCCACAUCAUGCAGAGGGAUAUGUGAGAUUAAAUAUUAAUUUAAAUAAGCUUGUGCCUUCUACUACGAUUACGCUUGGUACUGAAGCGUACGAUUUGGUAAAGUGCCUUGGAAAGGGAACGUAUGGUACAGUAUUUAGCGCAGUAAACUCACAAACAGCUCAAACUGUUGCCCUGAAAACUCAAAAGCCUGCUUGGGUUUGGGAGUUUUAUAUCACUAGGGAAAUAAAAAAUCGUCUUACUAAUCCACAUAUGUUGCGCGGAUUUAUGGAUGUCUCGAUGGCGUAUGUUGCAAAUAAUAGUAGUGUAUUAGUUUCAGAAUAUUCCAGAUUUGGAACAUUAUUAGCAGUAACAAACCAAAUAAAAAUUGCUACUGGUAAACCAUUAUUAGAGCAUUUGGCUAUUUUUUUCACAAUUGAAAUAUUACAAAUUGUGGAAUAUUUACAUAAAUGUCAAAUAAUCCAUGGAGAUAUUAAACCAGAUAAUUUUCUCCUAAUGCGUUUACCAACGGAAGAUGUGAGGCCAACAAUACAAUUAAUUGAUUUUGGAUGUAGUAUAGAUAUGAAUCUUUUGCCAGAAAAGACAACAUUUACUCAGGUUAUAAAAACAGAAGAUUUUACGUGUAUUGAAAUGCAAACUGGAAAACCAUGGACGUAUCAGACCGAUUUAUACUGUUUAGCUGCGACAAGUCAUUGUUUAUUAUUUGGUAAUUAUAUGAGAGUUUCAAAUAUUAGUGGUCGCUGGUUUAUUACAUCGAAAAUACCAAGGUAUGCUAAGAGAGCUGCUUGGGAGCAAUUCUUCACAGAAUUAUUAAAUAUUGAAUCAUGCGAUAAAAUGCCAGAUUUAUCAAAAUUGCGCAACAUGAUGGAGGAAACAUUAGCACAGAUGACGGAUGCACAACAGAAAUUUAGAAAUUUUGUUAAUAUUUUAAACAAACGAUAACACUUACUGAAUAUACUGUAUCAAAUGUUGUGUCCCCAUUUGUGCACAUAUUUAGUAAAGAACCAACAUUUAUUAAAAAAAUUAAUGUUAUUAUGCUAUUUAUUAUCAAAGUUAAUAUUAUGGUGACAUAUGUAAUACACAGUUAAUAGUACAUGAAAUGCACUUUAUGGCCUGCUUCGUGGAGGCUUUAAUGGACUAUACUGCUUGCACAUAAUCAAUUAUAUUAAAACUAUUAAAUACUUAAUUCGAUAAAAAAAAAACUUUCCAAUUUAAUGAUAUUAUAGACAUUUUAUGCUCCAUAAGUUAUAAAAAUGUCUUUCAAGAUACCUCGUGGCACAGUACCUGGAUGUUAGCAUCUGUCACGUAAAUUAUGUAAAGGUAGAUUUGUAUAAUAAUAAAGUUGAAUUAAAAACGAUACUUUGAAAAAAAUGGAUAUGUAAAAAAUAAAUAUUUAUAAUAUCAUAUGCAAAGAUAAAUGCGGGUUGUUUAUCCACAAUGUUUUAUAAUUACAAGCGGAAAAAAUUUGGGUACUGACAUAUAAAGUACACCAUGUAAGCUUGCAUUCUUAGAUAAUAUGUAUGUAGUGUUUAUAAAAUAUAUAUGGGAUAAAAUAAACUUCUAUUCGACAGA